AUGCUCGGCCUGGCUGUCCAGGCAGACUCGAUGGCGGGCUGGGGCCUCGCUUCCGGCCCGCUGGAGCCAACGGACGAGCUGGUGUACGACCGCUUUGGCCCCAGCUUCAGCGACAAGCGGUUCGACUGGCACUGCGACGACAACCAGACGGGCCCCCGCCUGGCGUCGUCCGACCGUCGUCGUCUACUUCACCGACCCCUGCACGUACGAGGGUGGCGACCUGCAGCUGAAGGUCGGCGGCGCCGGCGCGGGCACGGGGCCUGCUGCCGCGGGGCCCACGGGCGAGGUCGACGGCGGCGUGCUGACGAGGAGAUACCCGCCGGGUGCCGCGGUGGCGUUCCCGUCCAAGGUUCUGGAGCACCGGGUCACGCCGGUGACCCGCGGCGAGCGCCGCUCGCUGCUGCUGCUCUGCGCGCCACGGCCCUCCGAGCCGGCGACGUGGUCAGCGCUGGCCCCUGGGAGCCGCGAGGCCUGCCGGCUGCGGCUGCGGGGAGGCGGCUUCGGCUGCGGGCU